GAGGCGCAGUCACGCGCAACGGCAGGCACCGCCUCUCCCUACCUUCCCCGUCGGCGAGUUCCGCUUCCGCCGCAAGAAACGGGAGCUGCCCUUGCCCUCGCUGUAAGUUUUCCAACCCCCUCGUCCCUAUCCAACCUAGACCCCACCGCUCUCCCUAGUUCCCAUCCUAUCCAUCCCUCACCCCACCGGCCGCAGGCCCACCGCCUCCGCGCCGCCACCUCACCGGAGUCUAUCGCCUGCCGCCCAGCCCGCACCACCACAGCCCGCCGCCUACUCGCCUCGCCCACCUGGUCUCCUCGCGGCACCCCGACGCGGCCGUAGAAAGCAGUGGGGGCGUGAGAGAGGGAGCCACCGCUGGUUUCCUUCGGUGCAACCCUCGUGACCUCCUCCCGCUUCUACCUCGCCUGGUCGCUCGCAGUGGGGAUCUAGAGAGACCCAACUCCCCCCGGUUAUUCUCUACCACUGAGAGUUAAAAAUGGAGGGAGGUCUGUAAAUCUUGUAUCAUAUUAGGGUUUGUUUUUCUAUUUCUUCCCAUUUGUUCUGGACUUCUGGUGGUCUUCAAGCCUUCCAUGGCUUCUCCACGAGAGUCCAAAUCCAUGUGCUUGAAGCGCAAACUUGUGGAAGAUCGCCUGUCGAAAGAGUGCAAAUCUCGUCGCGUCAAAGCAGAGAAUGGCCCCUCAUUUGAUUCAUCUGCCAAGCGAUGCAACUGCUGCUGCAUACGACCUAACCUUGCCAAUGAUUGUGUCAAUUUCCUGAAGAGUGGAGUCCCAAACCGUAUCAUGUAUUACAAACAAGGUUCCUGGCAUAAUUUUCCUGAGCAAAUAAUGAAGUUCCUGAUUGAAGAAUUCAGUGGCAAUAAAUCAAGUGUUGUUUCUGUGUUGGAUGAUGAGCCUAUUCUAAUUGAUUUCUUGUCAAUGACCAUGGUCAACCUAAAAUCCAGAAAGCAGCGAUCUGUUGCUUGGAUCGAUGAUACUAGCAAAUGUUUUUCUCCUUCUCUCUUCUUUGAUGAGGAAUCUAAUGGUAUGGUCAAAGGUGAUGCUGCUAAUGUCCAGGGAACUGCACAGGGAAUUAUGUUGGAUAAGGCUGUGAAUUCUCCACCUGAAGUGGUGAAGCAAGUUGUCGUUGAAUCUAGCCAGAAACCUUCCGUUGCAGAUAUAUUACGCAAGAAGAUCAUAUAUGUGGAAAGAGGAAGCAAAGAUUUUCUAUUUGUCCAGGACCUUUUCCUCUCUGGUAUGGGCCCAUUUGCAAAACCAGACAAUCUACUUCAUGCCUACCGCUACUCUCCGAAUGAUAUAACUGCACAGUGUAGACUUCAAGCUUUUGAAAAACAGAUAAUGUCCACCAAAGAAGAACGUGGCGAUGCAAAUGUAAGAUAUGGAUGGCUAGGAUCAAGGAAGAAUGACAUAGUCAGGAUUCUAAUUAAUGGUUUGGGUACCACUGGAAAACCUGCUGAUAAAUCAGAUUUAAGUUCUGGUGUUUAUCUUUCACCAGAAGACCGAACAUUUACCAGUGUCGGUCUUUGUGAUGUUGACGAAAAAGGCGUGCAGCAUGUAUUGCUGUGCCAAGUGAUAUUGGGAAACAUGGAAGCUGUGGAGCCUGGAUCACAGGAGUUUUUUCCAAGCAGCGACGUAUAUGAUUCUGGUGUCGAUGAUUGCCUGAACCCAAAGUGUUACGUGAUGUGGCCAUCACACCUAAGCACUCACAUGCGUCUAGAAUAUCUUGUUAGUUUCAAGCUUGCCCCGGAUGUUCGAAGUUAUUUACUUCACUUGAAAGGCUUAUGGUUUCGCCCAUCUCCAAAGGAAGUUGCAGUGGAUAUUUCUACUCUUCAACCUGCUCCGUGCGAAAUAGGUGAAGCACCAACUACCCCAUGGAUAUCAUUCAAAGUCCUGUUUGGAUUAGUUCAAGACAAUAUAUCAUCCAUAGCAAGGGAACUGCUCUUCCAUCACUAUGAAGAGUUUAAGGAAAGUAAAAUAACUCGUGAAGAAAUGGUGAAGAAGAUGAUGAUAAUAGUUGGACAGAAAAUACUUCUGGAAGCUCUGGAUAAACUUCAUUACUGUCCAUCAUUAUGGUACAAGUCUUCUGUUAAAGCUGUGCCUAGUGAUCCUGCAAGGAUGACAGCAGCAGAGCAGUUAUCCUUGGAUGGGACAAGCAGGGAUUGUUCAUUAACUCUUAGCGGCAACCAUUUUGAUUCAUAUGCACCAAAUGCUGUGGCUGAACAUUCCGCAGCUCUUAGCACCAAAGGAUGCAGUGCCCUUCCUACUGAUAUGGUGCCCAAAGGCCAUGACUGCCCAGCACAAAGUGCUGUGCCAAAAUUUUCUAGUUCUGCUGGUGCCAAAAGCCCAGGUUCUCAAGGGGUGGAACCCAAAUGCAGAGAUUCUCCUAGUAGACAAGUAAUGUCACUGGGAAACUCUGCAACCCGAUGUGCCAGGUAUCAAGAUCCUAUUGUAACAAGAAUGCCACCUAUAAGUCGCGAUGGCCUUUUGAGGAUGACUUCUGGAAUAUCUGCGUCUCCUGGUAUGGAAGUUUGCAAUUCUGUUGCACCAACCACAGGGCUUCCUGGUUGUGCUUCUUUAGCACGAAUUAAUACUUCAAAGAGCCAUGGGAUUAUGGCUCCAGGUUUUGCUCCUAGUCCUAAGGGCUGUGAAUCUGUUGUGCCAAGCUUGGCACUUGGAAACUCAAAAGGUGUAGGUGCCAAAUGCCUCAAUUCUGCACCGGUGACACCUGGAGGUCAGGAAUUUCUUUCACUGAGCAUUGCAUCACAAAACCCCGUGCCUUGUUCAGUGAAAGGCCCAGAUGGUUCAGCAUUGGCUGCCAGACCUCCACCCUAUGCACCAGGGCGUGGACAUUCCCCAUCUGUGAGCCCUGGGGUCCAUGAUUCCCUCACACUGAGUAUAACAGCAAAAGGCCACAGUCCAUCUGCAUCGAGAGCAGAGCCAAAGCUCUAUGAUUCUCCAACAGCUGCUCCAAUGCCAGAAAGCCAUGGCUCUCAGGACAUGGAUGUGGACAACAAGGUUCAUAAUGCUCCCCCACCAAUAACUGGGGAGCCGAAAGACCAGGCUGCACAGAAUAAGCUACCCGGGUCAGGCCUUGAAGCUAGCAGCGUUCGUGCAGCGGAUACCCUCAUCGCCCUAUCAACUCCGCGAGAGAAGGGCGAGCACUAGAGUAUGCGUCUCUAGUUCUGUACAUGUUUUGGAACUGGUGAAAAGUCACCCCCUCCGUCGACUCUGAAGUCUGAACAUAAAUGGUUUCUAGUCCGUGGUAGCAAACUGUUGUCGACAAUGUC